GGACGCAGCAGCUUCGUGCCCCGCCCCGGGGUGCCCGCAGCCGCCGUGUCGCAGUGUGUGUGCGGGGCUGUGGGGCGGAGCGUUGUCCUCAGACCGCGGACCCCGCGGGGGUUCCCCGGGCAGAGACCCCCCCGCCCCGCCGGUGAGUGGCCGUGUCUGCUGGGGACCCUGCGGAGCCACCAGCUUUGAGCUCCGCCGGGGCUGCAGGACUCUCUGGCCAUGAUGAUGCGUGGAAACAAGUUUACAACCUAUAAAGUCAUAAAACUUUGCAACUCACAAGGUUAUAAAGCAGUUGCACAGUUCUGGUGAGAGGCCUCACCUUUGCACCGUCCCGGUACCAACCUUCUCCUUAAAUAAGUUUUCAUGUGCUACACAAAGUGAAGAAAAGGGGAGAAGAACGUGGACAGAACACACCGAAUGGCUGAAAAACCUGCAGCGAUGGGUAUUCUUGCUGUACUUGCUCUACCAUUGCUUCUCUUCGGGAUCAGUGGAAUUAUUUAUAUUUACCAGACAGUCAGAUGGUUGUUGUCCAAGUCGGCCGUGCAGAACAAGGUGGUGGUGAUCACGGAUGCCACCUCUGGACUGGGCAAGGAAUGUUCUCGGGUGUUUCACGCAGGAGGAGCAAGGCUGGUGUUAUGUGGCCGGACAUGGGAAAAGUUGGAAACCUUGUAUGAUGCUUUAAUUAACGUGGCGGACCCUAGUAUGACAUACGCACCAAAGCUCAUAUUUCUGGAUAUCUCAGACAUAAACUGCAUUCGAGAUGUAGCUAAGGAAAUCCUGAACUGCUAUGGCUGUGUGGAUAUACUGAUCAACAACGCAAGUAUGAAGGUGAAAGGAGCAGUGCAGAGCAUUUCAUUGGAACUUGACAAAAAGAUAAUGGAUGCCAACUAUUUUGGACCCAUCACAUUAACCAAAGCCAUUCUUCCCAACAUGAUCUCAAGAAGAACUGGCCAAAUUGUUUUAAUCAACAGUAUCCAAGGAAAAAUAGGAAUCCCAUUUCGUGCAGCUUAUGCUGCUUCUAAGCAUGCUGCUGUAGGCUUUUUUGAUUGUCUUAGAGCUGAAAUGGAAGAAUUUGAUAUAUCUGUCAGCACUGUGAAUCCAACCUUCAUCUGUUCAUACCAUCGUCAACCAGCACCUGGCAACUGGGAGGCAUCUAUAUGGAAAUUCUUUUUCAGAAAGGCUGCGUAUGGCCUGCACCCCGUGGAGGUGGCGGAGGAAGUCUUGCGCACAGUAAGCAGUAAGAAGCAGGAGGUCCUUUUGGCCAACCCUAUCCCCAGAGUGGCAGUUUACAUUCGCACCUUCUUCCCUGAGCUGUUUUUUGCCAUUGUUGCCUCGGGAAUUAGGGAAAAGCUGAAGACAGAAGAGGAAAGUUGAUUUGGUUCUGUCUUUUCCCCUGCUCUUGAUGUGAAAAAAGUUUCUAUUUCAAAUGUCAAUGAUUUCUGCUUCGCACUAUGGAUAGAAUAAAGCAGAAGGCUUUAUUAAACAUG